CUGCGCGAUGACGUGGGCGGGCGUGCGCGGUGACGGCCCGCGUCCCUGUUACUCAGCGGAGCGGCCGAGGCCGGACGACGCGGUCCGGAGUGCGGAGCCGCGAGCAGCGCUGCGUAACGGCCGCUGCGACCGCCCGGACGGCGCCGGCUCCCACCUUGGCUUUUCCCGUCUCCGUUCGUCGCGCUGCCCGCUUCUUGGUGAACUUUUGGAUGAAGCCAUUACGUUAAUCGCUGCCAUCAUGAGCAGAAGCAAACGUGACAGCAAUUUUUAUAGUGUAGAGAUUGGAGAUUCUACAUUUACAGUCCUGAAACGUUAUCAGAAUUUAAAACCUAUUGGCUCAGGAGCUCAAGGAAUAGUAUGUGCAGCUUAUGAUGCCAUUCUUGAAAGAAAUGUUGCAAUCAAGAAGCUGAGUCGGCCAUUUCAGAAUCAGACUCAUGCUAAGCGGGCUUACAGAGAACUAGUUCUUAUGAAAUGUGUUAAUCACAAAAAUAUAAUUGGCCUUUUGAAUGUUUUCACCCCACAGAAAUCCCUUGAAGAAUUUCAAGAUGUUUACAUAGUCAUGGAGCUCAUGGAUGCAAAUCUUUGCCAAGUGAUUCAGAUGGAACUAGAUCAUGAAAGAAUGUCCUACCUUCUCUAUCAGAUGCUGUGUGGAAUCAAGCACCUUCACUCUGCUGGCAUUAUUCAUCGGGACUUAAAGCCUAGUAAUAUAGUAGUAAAAUCAGACUGCACUUUGAAGAUUCUUGACUUUGGACUGGCCCGGACUGCAGGAACUAGUUUUAUGAUGACACCUUACGUAGUGACUCGCUACUACAGAGCACCAGAGGUCAUCCUAGGGAUGGGCUACAAAGAAAACGUGGAUUUAUGGUCUGUGGGGUGCAUUAUGGGAGAAAUGGUUUGCCACAAAAUCCUCUUUCCAGGAAGGGACUAUAUUGAUCAGUGGAAUAAAGUCAUUGAACAGCUUGGAACACCAUGUCCUGAAUUCAUGAAGAAAUUGCAGCCAACAGUAAGGACAUAUGUUGAGAACAGACCUAAAUAUGCUGGAUAUAGUUUUGAGAAACUCUUCCCUGAUGUGCUUUUCCCAGCUGACUCGGAACACAACAAACUUAAAGCCAGUCAGGCAAGGGAUUUGUUAUCCAAAAUGCUGGUGAUUGAUGCAUCUAAAAGGAUCUCUGUAGAUGAAGCUCUUCAGCACCCAUAUAUCAAUGUCUGGUAUGAUCCUUCUGAAGCAGAAGCUCCACCACCAAAGAUACCUGACAAACAGUUAGAUGAAAGAGAACACACAAUAGAAGAAUGGAAAGAAUUGAUAUACAAGGAAGUUAUGGAUUUGGAGGAGAGAACCAAGAAUGGAGUUAUACGCGGGCAACCUUCUCCUUUAGCACAGGUGCAGCAGUGAUCAAUGGCUCUCAGCAUCCAUCAUCAUCAUCGUCUGUCAAUGAUGUGUCUUCAAUGUCAACAGAUCCGACUUUGGCUUCGGAUACAGACAGCAGUCUAGAAGCAUCAGCUGGACCUCUGGGCUGCUGUAGAUGACUACUUGGGCCUGGGGCGGGGAGGUGGGGGUUGGGGGGGGAGUCAUUUAGUCAUUGAUAGAACUACUUUGAAAACAAUUCAGUGGUCUUAUUUUUGAGUGAUUUUUCAAAAAUGUAGAAUUCAUUUUGUAGUAAAGUAGUUUAUUUUUUUUAAUUUCAAGUGAUGUAAUUUAAAACUUAAGUUGUUUUAAAACAGCAACUAUUGUAUUUUUGCUGUAAUUAACUGUAUAAUGUAAACCUAAUUAUUUUAUCAUGUUUUAAAAUUUUUGCAUAUUUGCUUUAUCUUAUGCUGCUGAUUUUUUUUUUACUGAAUUUGUAAGAUUUUUGUUUAUCAAAACAACUGUUAUGUGGUGACUUGCCUAUAUCAUGAAUUAUUUAAGAUUUUUAUAGUUUUUUUUAUUAGAAUUUAUUUCAGAUUUUUUUUUUUCAUGAUGCUGUCCUUCAGGGUCAUGUGCUUGUAUCAGUGAAACUACCCCAGAGGAGUGGUGGAAAAUAACUUGUAUCCAGUUAUAUUCAGGAAGAACUACUGUAAAUGAUGAACGUGGUUUUUUUUCUUUUUUCUUUUUUUUUAAAAAACUAUAUUUGCUACCUGCCAAUCUUAACAUAAUUUUAAUAAUUGGUAGGUAAUCCUCCAUGAAUUUUGGCAAAAAUAAAGUGGCAGAAUAAUUCAUAAUAUGUCUUUGAAUAUGCCAGGUACCUGCCUCCACCCUUCUUUCCCCCCACCUCACCUGACAGAAGUAAAGUAAAAAGAAUGUGGUGUUUUCUGCAAAUUUGUGGCAUGCUCAAAGCUUACGAUCACACAAAGGCAAGAGGAUACUUCAUGAAUAACACAUUUCAAUGCAAAUAAACAGAUGGUUCACCCCUACUAGCUAUGAGCCUGUUUUUGUAUACACUGAGCUAAUCUCAGGCUGUAGGUCCCAGCAGUGGUCCAGAGUUUGGUCUUCUCAUUUCCUGCAGCCACAGACCUUUCCUCCUUUUUGAUUCCCCUGUUACAUGUCAGUCAGUGGAGCUCAGCAGUUCUCACAGCGUUUCUGGCCAUUUGACUCUACCUGUAUACCAUAGUCAUACUUUAUACUUGCUAUUGCAAGGUCCCAAAGCCUACUUACUUCUGGAGGUGACAUAUCAAAUGAGCAAUAUACCGUUCAUCUGAAAAUAGUAGCAUACAGCCAUAUAUAGGAUAUCAUUGUCUAAGGACUGUUUCUUCACACUGAGCAGAGCAGGCAUAAUGGUGAUUAUUUCUGUCUGAGUCUUUGAUUUUAUUUUUUUUAAUACCUGAUUUUCAAUAAAACAUGCAGUGUGGUUGUUGAGUAGUGUAAGAAUGGUGCUGCUCCUGACAAGUGUACGGUGACUGUUUACAUUUUAUAUUGGAAGAAUUAUUUCUCUAUAACUGAAUUUUUCUUAAGUAAAGUGUCAUUGACGUCUCAUUCUCUCUGAAACACAUUGUCUGUAAUGCUUCAUGCUCCUUUUGUUAUUUUUGGAACAAGAGGGAUUUCAUGUAGUAAACUGGGAAAUGGAUAUUUACAGAAGCCACGAGGCUCUAGGCAGAAGCCCAUUGGAAUUAAUGACUAACAGGAGCAAGAACUGGUACAGCUCAGCAAGCAUUGUCUAAAAGUCACUUGGCAAGCUAUUAUAUUUUGUACAAAAUUCCUUUUGAGUAAGAUCUUUUAUUAAGGUCAUUGUUAUUGUGCAAUAUCUAGAAUUGUAAUAUGCCUUUUUAUAUAUUUUGAAUAUCAAGUUUUUCAUGGUUAGUCAUGAUUUCCAUCUUUUUUUUUUUUUGUCCUUUUUCUAUUCAUACAACAUGGUGCACUAAUUUUAUUUGACAGACUAAUUUUAUCUGACAGAUUCGUUUUGAGAGCAAAGCACCUUUUGAAUUACAGAAACAGGAUUGGACUUAAGAUUUCAGUAAGAAUUUGGGCAUAAGUGUGUUCUUAGUUGAUAUCAGCUUUAUUUUUUCUAGGAUAGAUUAUUUCACUAUUGCACUUUAACAGCUGACAUAUUGUCAAAAAUUCCCCAUGUUUUAUGUUUGGUUGCUGACAAGCCAUCUAUGUUGUUACAAAUUUCGGUUGAGCAAGGAAAGCCAGGUGUAACUGUCAUUUGUUGUUGAUGCUUCCACUUGCCAGCCAACAUGUUUUAGUUAUUUAAGAAACUAUAAAUUCUUAUUAGUUAAUGUAGACUUAAAUCUUAGAUUAUAUUCUGAAAACAAAGUCUGUUAAUGUUAUGUGUCAUAGGUUUUAAAAUGUAUUAUCUAAAUACAACUUUCCCUCUUAAAUCUGUGAAGCUAAAGAUGUACUGGUUCUUUUUAUUCUAGAAGCUUUUUGAUUCUCUGUAGCAUUUUAAACAUUUGUGGGUUAUUUUUAAUAGAAAUUAUAAAUAAGAUUUCUGUGUAGCAAUGCUUAGAUAAAACCACCUGGCUUAUCUUGCAACUUACUUAAUUUACCCAUCAUAUUCCUGCCAGAAAGUUAUUUUGGCCAAGAUUAAUUUUUUUGACUUUAUAGGUUAGGAAACAGACACUAAACUCUUUCAACAUAUAUUUUCUUGGCUACUACAGUUCUAGCACCCUUUUUGCAAUUAAGCAUUUGGGAUCACUUUUUACAAAAUACAUAAACGGAGUAUCUCAACUCUUAAAUACUGUUUGCCUAGCAGUUCUCAUUUCAUCAUACACCUUUGGCUGCUUUUUUUAUUGUUCGGGUGUGCACUCUUCCAAGUUAGUAAAGGUGCAGUGCAUUCACGUCAGGUUUCCCAAGACAAAUGCCAAUCUCUUAAUGAGAAGACAAUACCAAAGAGCCUCUUGAAGUUAACAGUACAGAGAAGCUCAAUUGUUUGCAAAGCAACAAACUUUCCUAUAUGCCUUCCUUUUUGUUACUCCCUUCCUCACUAACCCUGCUGCGCUGUCUAAAAAGAAGUAAAUAAAUAAAGGAGAAGGAGACACUGCUGUCUAAUCACUGAAGGCAGCAGGAGGCAAAGGGAAGCUGUUUCGAAGUUAUAGAAGAGACUUCCUUAGACUCUUGGCCAGUAUGUGCUACACAUUUGAAGACUUAACCACUUGCUGUCGCUUGGGUGUAAGUAAGCCUACACGAUAAUCUGAGGUAAAAACAUAGUCCGGUUUCAAAUAUACUGUUGUAAUAGUUAGUUUGUGAAUGAAUGUUGUCCAUGAGUCACACCUUAGCUGUAGAGUGGAUGCAUGAAGCCCCAUGACCCCAGUGAACUUCUCUUACCAGUAGAAAAAGCCCAUCACCACUGUUGUGUCAUUAGCAGCCCUCUUAAAUGUCGCCUCAUCAUAACCUGUACAUUUUAGUAUAAAUUGUGUUUCUGUUGAUCUCUCUUAGUUUUUUUCCCCCUUAAUAUCAAGAAAGGUGAAGAGGUAAAGGGCAUUGAAGCAGAAAUGUCUAGUUUGGGGUAUGAUUAGUAAAUUCAUAAGGGAAACUAAUUUCAAACCAACUGCUCUUAGUUAAGUGCUCUUAAGGAGAGUUUAGUAAGAGUAACUAUUUCUGGUUUAGAUUCUGUUAUUGAAACUUUUGAGAAAUAUUAACCUGUGGAUUAGUUUUGCACAAUGUUCUCACAAUAACAAAUUAAUCUAGGUUGUUAUUGAACUACCUCACACUAAUUUUCUAUGCUUUCCCAAGUAAGUGAUUGCCCUUACUGUUAAAUCUUUACUGAGUGUGAAGUAUGUGUGUUAAAUACUUUAUAGCCAGUGUCAACACAAUACCAGUAAGUAUGUACAAUAUAUACCUUGCAUCAGUAAGAGAGAUUCAUGUGUAAACUCUUUCACUGUGUAUCUUAGAAAAUUGUGCUAGAUGUGCUUGUUGAACAUUACUAUUGUCUGUUUCUUGUAAGUAGAAACCUGCUCGUGAUAUCAGUCCAUUCUUUACAUUUUACAAAAGGAAUAAAUCUUAAGAAAUUUUACGAAGAAAUAAAUUACUUUUGUAGGCCCGAUAUUUGGUAUAUUUUUGAGAAGCUCUUAAUCUUUUAGCCGAGUGAUGAAGUUAAACUAAACUUGCUGUCUAUCAGGACUGUGAUAGCUAUUUUCUCAUUACAGAUUAUCCUGUGUAGUGGGUUUUAAAACCUGAAAAUCUUAAGUAUGAUAAUGGACAUUUGCUUUUUCUCCCUAUAUGAUGUCAUUCCUUCUUUGUUUCUCUCCUUGCCAUGUUAACACUCCUCCCCCUCCUAGACAAAAUAAAAAUGGGGCACUCUGUAGGGAA